AUGUCGACCGACUACGUUACCCAAAAGGGCCAGCCCUUUGACAGAGCUGCCUUUGAGUCACUUUUGCGCCGUAAGGUCUUCUUGUGGCAGAGUUUCGAGCCUUAUGGCUCAGUCAAGGGUCUUUUCGAUUAUGGCCCUCCGCUUGAGCAGCUUGAGAGUCAGGUUAUCCAGAUCUGGCGUGAUCACUUCAUUCGCUCUGAGAAGAUGAUGGCUCUCAAGUGUUCUAUGCUUACUCCUUUUGAAGUUUUGAAGACUUCUGGUCACGUUGACCGUUUUGCCGACUACAUGUGCAAGGACCCCAAGACUGGUGAAAUUCUUCGUUCAGACCAUUUGAUUGCUGAUGUGCUUGAGGCUCGUCUCAAGUCUGACAAGGAGGCUCGUGGCGAGAAGGUCGAGGAGAAGGAAGAGGACCCCAAGAAGAAGAAGAAGCAAGCAAAGGCUGCCAAGGGUGCCGUCAAGCUCGACGAUGCUGUUCGCCAGGAGUACGAGCACGUUCUUGCCAUGCUCGAUGACUACACUGGUGAGGGUAUGGGUGAGUUGAUCAAGAAGUACGACAUCCGCAACCCCUCUUCCGGCAACGAGGUUGAGCCUCCUGUGUCGGUCAACCUCAUGUUCCAAACUCAGAUCGGUGCUUCUUCCAACUCUCCCGCUUUCCUCAGACCCGAGACUGCUCAGGGUCAAUUCCUUUCUUUCCAGAAGCUCCUCGAGUACAGCGAUGGCCAGCUUCCUUUCGCCUCUGCUUCCAUCGGUUACUCUUUCAGAAACGAGCUUUCUCCUCGCGCUGGUCUUCUCCGUGUCAGAGAAUUCUUGAUGGCCGAGAUUGAGCACUUUGUCGACCCCGAGGGCGGAAAGGCUCACCCCAAGUUCCACACCGUUGCUGAUGUCAAGCUUCCUCUCCUCGACCGCAACACUCAAACCUCCGGCAGCACCAAGCCCACUAUGGUCGCAAUUGGUGAGGCUGUCGAGACCAAGCUGGUCGACAACGAGACCCUCGGUUACUUCCUUGUUCGCAUCUACCAAUUCAUGCAAAAGAUUGGUAUCGACAUGAACAAGCUCCGCUUCCGUCAGCACAUGGCCAACGAGAUGGCUCACUACGCUUCUGACUGUUGGGAUUGUGAGUUGCUCAACAGCUACGGCUGGACCGAGUGUGUUGGCUGUGCCGACCGUUCUGCCUACGAUUUGUCUGUUCACGAGAAGGCUACUGGCACUGUCCUCCGUGCUCGUGAGCAACUCAAGAACCCCGAGACUAUCGAGGAGUGGGUUCCUGUUAUUGACAAGAAGAAGGCUGGUCCCAAGUUCAAGAAGGAUGCCAAGGCCAUCGAGAACGCUCUUGAGGCUCUUUCGCAAGAGAUGAAGGAGAAGCUCCAGAUCACCAUGGAGUCUGAGGGCAAGGCUGAGGUGCCCGUUGAGGAGAUUGCUGCUGGCAAGGUCGAGAUUGACACUUCCAUUGUCAAGUUCGAGAAGCAAAAGAAGACCAUCACCUUCCGCGAGUUCGUGCCCAACGUUAUCGAGCCUUCCUUCGGUAUUGGUCGCAUUCUCUACUCUCUCAUGGAGCACAGCUACUGGACUCGUGAGAACGAUGAGGCUCGUUCCGUUCUUUCCUUCUCGCCUGUCGUUGCUCCUAUCAAGGUCCUCGUCUGCCCUCUUCAGAAGGACCCCAAAUUCACUCCUCUGAUUGCUAAGCUUGAGGAGGCUCUUGACAAUAAGUCUAUUUCCUUCAAGAUUGACCAGACUGGUGUUAGUAUCGGCAAGCGCUACUCUCGUAACGACGAGCUCGGUAUUCCUUUCGGUAUUACCAUCGACUACGAAGCCCUUGACGACGGCAGCCUUACUCUCAGAGACCGUGACUCGACCAAGCAAGUGCGCGCUAGCCAGGCUGACAUCAUCAAGGCAGUUAGCCGUAUGGUGAAGGGCAAGGAAACUUGGGCUGAUGUCGUUGCUCGCCUACCAGCCUAUGAGGGCCAGAAGGAGGCUGCCGAGUAG